UAUGGCACUAAUAAAAAGCUCAAGCUGCAGUGAGAGUGAGAGAGACAUAAGAAAGGGACUCAUCCGCCAUGGCCAGCACCACACCAACACCAUCAAAGGUGGUUGGCAUGCUGCCAUCUUCAUCAUCUGUGUGGAAUUUGCACAACAAUUUGCUUUUACAGGGUUGUCAUCAAAUUUGAUAACAUAUCUAACAAAUGAGAUUCAUGAAUCCAUAACCGAAGCAACGAAGAAUGUAAACACUUGGCUUGGUGUUUCGUCCCUCUUCCCAUUGCUUGGUGGAUUCAUUGCUGAUUCCUAUCUUGGUCGCUUCAACACUGUUGUCAUAUCCUCUUUCAUUUAUCUUUUGGGCAUGAUUUUGAUGAUGAUCUCAGUGUCGAUUUUGAAGAACGAUAAGCUUUUCUUCAUAUCACUUUAUGUGUUAGCAAUGGGAGAUGGAGGCCAUAAGCCUUGCGUCCAAACUUUUGCGGCGGAUCAGUUUGAUGGGAACAUGGAAGACCAAAGAGAAGCUAAGAGCUCUUUCUUUAAUUGGUGGUACUUAGCCAUUGUUCUUGCAUGCACUUCCUCCGUUUUCCUUGUCGUUUAUAUACAGGAUAAUGUUGGGUGGGCAGCAGCACUAGCAUUACCAUCAGGAGUGUGGACAGUGGCAAUAGCAGUGUUCUUUAUUGGAAUCAAAAGAUACAAAACAGAAACUCCAAAAGGGAGUUCCUUUAUUUCUAUUGCCCAAGUUCUUGUUGCUUCAUGUCGCAAAUGGAACCUCAAACAUGAUACUUCUGUCUAUUAUUAUGGUGAUCACUACCAUGACCAAAUAGAACACACAGAUCAACUCAGAUUUUUGGACAAGGCAAUGAUGAUGGAUGAACAUGAUGCUACAAACAACACGAGAGAACCAUGGAGGUUAAGCUCAAUUACACAAGUUGAAGAAGUAAAGCUUGUUCUUCGUUUAAUUCCUAUAUGGCUAAAUUGUUUGAUGUUCGUUGUUGUCCAAAAUCAAAUGAGCACAUUUUUCAUCAAACAAGGUAGCACAUUGAACCGUACCAUAGGAAAAACAGGGUUUCAAAUCCCUCCGGCAUCACUUCAAGGUGUUGUAGGAAUUGUAAUCCUUUGUGGUGUUCCCAUCUACGACCGUGUUUUCGUGCCGAUUGCUAGAAAGUUCACAAAACAUCCCUCCGGCAUAACGGUAUUACAGAGGAUUGGAGUUGGUCUAGUUUUGUCUAUACUUAACAUGGUUGUUUCAGCACUCGUAGAGGCCAAAAGGAUAGCUAUUGCUAUACAGUAUAAUCUUGUCGACGAUCCCAAAUCAAUUAUACCGUUGAGUAUUUGGUGGUUGUUACCUCAGUACGCAAUUCUUGGAACUGCCGACGCACUCGCAGUCGUCGGACUCCAAGAAUUGUUCUAUAGUCAGAUGCCGGAGGGACUAAGAAGUUUGGGAGCAGCGGCAUAUGUUAGCCUCUUUGGAGUUGGGAGUUUUGUGGCAAAUGCAAUAAUAGAUGUUGUGAUUGCAAUCACUUCAAGAAUUGGUUAUAAAUGGUUAGGAAAUAAUUUGAAUAAGGCACAUCUUGAUUACUAUUAUUGGUUAUUGGCUGGAUUAGGUGCUCUUAACCUUUGUGUUUAUCUAAGGAUUGCCAAUGGUUUUGUUUAUAAAAAUGUAUCAUGAGCUAAAUUAGCUUAUGAUGA